CUGGUCCUCGGGCGGUGUUUGAGUGUCUGAUGUACAUACACAGCCCGGCGUCCAGAGCGGACAUGCGGCGGCUCCAAGGGGAGAAGGACUCACGCAUCUCUCGGUGGGCUUUAAUUGGAAGCGUCACCUCCCACACCGCGUACUGAUAUCGGUCCCGAAUGAGUUGCAGCCAUGGAGCAAGUUCAGGUGAAAGAGAUAGAGAAGCUCAACCCAGCGGCGACGGCCAACUGGUUCUCAAAGAUUUUCUUCUGCUGGCUGAACCCCUUGUUUCGUAUCGGUUACAAACGGUCCCUGGAAGAAGAAGACUUGUACAACGUGCUGCCGGAAUUCCGCUCAAAAACACUGGGGUUGACCUUGCAAAGCUACUGGGAUGAAGAGUGCCUGAAGAGUGCCAAAGAGCUGAAGAAACCAAGCUUCUGCAAAGCCGUCAUCCGUUGCUACUGGAAAUCCUAUUCACUGCUUGGCAUCUUCACAUUCAUUGAGGUAAUUUACACAUUGCAGGCUGACUCAUCAGCUAUUUAAUCCUAAUUUUGUUUA